AUGACUAGUGGUGCACCUGCUAGGGGUACUGAGAUCAAUCAGGUGAUCUGGCAGAAUACCCCUAUCAACCCUAGGAAUCUGUUUCUGGAUCCAGUGAGCAAGCUAUUCCUAAUUAGGCUAGCUGAUUCUAAAACAUUCAGGCAUACUGGCCAAGAGAAAGAGGCAGUGAGGGCUUUGCCCCAGUCCCUUUCCUAUUUAGUACUAGCCUAUCUUGCCUAUAUCCGACCAUUUGAAGAGGCCCUGCUUAUUAAGCUGAAUCAGAAGCUACCGGAGGCCCAUUUUCUUCUAUUCUAUGAUCACCGGACCUGCAAACCCCUAUCUUCUAAGGUUCUAUCUAGAACCCUGAAGAAUAUGACAUCAGAGAGCCUAGCUCAACCAAUCAGCUUAUCUCCCUGGCGCCAUCUCAUGCAGGGUUCCAUUCGCCAUGGUCUAGGCCUUCAUGAUCCACUAGCCGAAUUAGGAAAUGAUGACCUAGAUGAUGAGGCCCUAGGGGCUGACCAGAUGCACCAUUCUAGGGAGACUGGCCUGAGAAUCUAUGGCAGAGUGAUUGCGAGCUUCCAGGGGGUUAGGGCUGACAUCCAGAUAGCCCUAGUUACCUUUAGUCAGCGAUGGCAUGCCUAUCUAGGCCUAGCUCCUGACCACCAAUCAUUCAAUUCUAUUACCCUCAGAAGCCUAAGGCAUCACCUCCAGCUAGAAAGGUUUCUAUUGGCCAGUUCAAUGAAUUUAUCAGCCUUUAUGGAUUGCCUCAGGCUAGUGACCUUUAGAAGCCCUAAGCAGCGCCAGGCUUUUCAUCUUAUUAUAAAACAGGUGCCCUAUCUAUUUUUAGUGCUUCCUACUGCUGCUGGCAAAACCACACUAUUCCUUUUUAGGGCUAGUCUAGCCACUAGUCAGGUUACUAUAGUAAUAGUGCCAUUGAUUUCCCUAAAGCUAGACCUCUCUAGGAAAGCUGCUGCCUUAGGCCUUCAGCCUACUAUCUGGGAACCUGGUCAGGUCAUGCCACUAGCCAGUUCUAGGGUGAUCUUAGUGCAAAUUGAACAUCUAGAUCACCCUAGGUCUAGUACUACUGCUCAGGCUAGUGCUCAGGCUAGUGCUCAGGCUAGUGCUCAGGCUAGUGCUAGUGCUAGGACUAGGGCUAAUGUGAUCAUCUUCUGCCGAACAAAGCGGCUAGUGGAUGCCUUAUCUGAUUAA